AUGGUGCGAGACAUGGCAAAUGAGCUCAGCGAAAAGCAUCAGAUAUUGAUCUAUGAGACUAUUGCCAUGCUGGCAACCAAGCUGGAAAUCUCCGUUCAAGCCGUCCAGUCCAUUAUCAAAAACAACGGCUCAGGUGACAACGAAGUUGAAGUUCGCCGAUUGAAAUACGCGUUUACGAAGGAGAAGAUCGAUAGAACUAUUGAGGACCUCAAAGAAUGGCAGACUUUGUUCGAUCCGUCUUGGUAUUUGAUCAUGAGGAUCGCAGGUCCGCAUGUUGACUCUGGCCUGAAUAGCCACCGAAGGUCAUCUCAAGUUCAAUACGAAGACCCCAUAUCUCCUGCUCAGUCAAUUAGGACCGCUCUGAAGACAAAGGAAGAAGGUGGUCCUUCGCUUCGCUUUCCACCAGAAUUUCUGAAAUCACUCAACCUCGAAGUGAUCCCGUCUUGCUCCGCAAAGAUUGGCCAAAGACCCGAUAACAAGCAGCGCCUCAUAGUCGAGACGAUAGAGCCUCUACUGGGUGCAAAUGUUGUCGAUCUCAAAAGAGACGUACGAGAUCUUGCUAGAAGACUUUCCACUUCUAAUGCUGUUGAGUUUGGGCUUCUUAGCUGCAAGGGUCAUGUCACUCCACGCAAAUCCGAGUCCACGAAAUGCGGGUCGAACGAGAUUUCAAUCAUAUUUCGACUGCCGACAACGAAAUCCGAGCCGCGCACUCUUCGAAACUGUCUGAUCAACAUGACCCAUACAAGCUCUUUAUCUGAGCGAUUCACUCUGGCCAAGGAUCUUGCCCGAGCAGUUCAUUCCGUCCAUCUGUUUGGGUUUGUGCACAAGAAUAUUUGCCCAGAAACGAUUUUGCUUCUCGGGGAUGACGAAGCAUCUAUAGGGUCCGCGUUCCUUAUUGGGUUCGAUAGCUUCAGAAUGGCAUCAGGCAAGACUUUGCGCAAGGGCGAAGCUUCCUGGGAGCGCUGUCUAUAUCAACACCCCGAUCGCAUCGGGGCUGUUUUGAGCAAAGACUACAUCAUGCAGCAUGAUAUCUACAGCCUUGGUGUAUGUCUGCUAGAGGUGGGACUGUGGGACUCAUUUGUCUCCUACCCAGUCGGUCACUCACUCUCCACCAACGAAAAGCCAUUGGUUGUGGAACGUGCUGCUAUUCUGGGACCGAGCCGAGAGUUGCUUUUCCAGGACCACUUAUUGACUCUGGCUCGGGGUGAGCUCCGCAGACGAAUGGGUACUAGAUACUCUGAUGUUGUUGUCACCUGUCUGACAUGUUUGGAUGUCGGGAAUGUUGAUUUUGGUGACGAGGGUGAAUUUGAAGACGAUGAUGGCAUUGAGGUCGGAGUCCGAUAUAUUGAAAAGGUACGUUUUCAUUGA